AUGUCAUUGGAGGUUACGGAUAUCCCAGAUUUGCAAUUGUUAGAGGAGGCCAAGAAAGUUGCUGCUUUUCGAGCAGUUGAUGAGAAUUUUGAUGGUAAGCGACAUCGUGUGGUUGGGAUCGGUAGUGGUUCUACAGUGGUAUAUGUUGCGCAGAGAAUAGGAGAAUACCAAGCUUCUGAGGAAUACAAGGGUAAGGUUGAAUUUAUAUGUAUCCCAACGGGAUUCCAAUCUCAGGAGUUGAUUAUUUCGAAUGGUCUGCGGUUAGGGUCAAUUGAAGAAUAUCCAGUGGUGGAUAUUGCAUUCGAUGGGGCAGAUGAAGUGGAUGAAGAAUUGCAAUUAAUUAAGGGUGGUGGUGGGUGUUUAUUGCGGGAAAAGCUAGUGAGUAGCAGUACUAAGGAGUUUGUUGUGGUUGCUGAUUUUAGGAAGAAGUCUCCAAAGUAUUUGGGUACUAAUUGGACGAAAGGUGUACCUAUAGAGGUUGUUCCUGUGGCGUACGCUCGAGUACUAGCGGAUAUUAGGGCCAUGUCUACUUGUGUUAGAGCGGAAGUUAGACAGGGUGGGGUUUCAAAGGCUGGGCCUGUAGUUACUGAUAAUAACAAUUUUAUUAUUGAUGCAGACUUUGGUCAGAUACAGGACCCUAGGAAGUUGCAUCAGGAUCUUAAGAUGUUGGUUGGAGUAGUGGAGACAGGGCUAUUUAUUGAUAAUGCAUCGAAGGCAUACUUUGGUGCAGCUGAUGGAUCGAUUGAAGUGUCCCUAAAAUGA